CUUGGAACUGCGUGAUGUCUAUCGUAGGAUAUUGAGGAACAAAAUUCGGAGCUCAUUGAUCGCAACACGCUUCUACAGGACGAACAGACCAAGAUGAACAACUUCAAGCCUCUCAUGGACUCGUACAAGAAACAAGUCAUGGAGCUUGAGGGUAAAGCCUCAAGCCUCCAAAAAGCUGUUGAUACUGCACGCUUCGAGAAGGACCAGCUAACGGAACGAUUAAAGAACAGCGAAUCAGCUCGUGCUUCGGAGAAAGAAGAGUUGGAGUUGUACCAGGAAAGGGUGAAAGAGCUGGAGCUAGGAAUUUCCAAAGCAAGCGAUUCCGGGGCGACAGCUAGCACAACAGCUAUCACUAACGGUGAUUCUUCAGGAGGUGGCAUUGAUCUACCUGUUCCUGUGCUGGAUACAGAGCUCGAGGAUGCUUUGACGGGAAGCUCCAUGUCUGACCUCAAAAUUCAACUUCGGAGGCUGAAGAGGGAGCGUGAUGCAGCUGUCGCAAACAAGGCGGAUGUCAGCCGCAUCAUUGUGCUGGAGAACCUUCUGGAGGAUGCGCAGCGCAUGAAAGACCACUAUGAGGCAGAUUAUCUCAAAGAGCAUCAAGCCAAAUUGGUGCUGAGCCGGGAGCUUGAGGAGUUUCGAAAUGGUCAUUCAGCCAGUGGCGAUGGUGCUGAGGCCAACAUAGCCUUGCGCAGUAGGCUUACGCAAUUGGUUGAGGAGCUUGACAGCACAAAGAAAAGCAUGGUUGAAUUGCGAGUGCAACAUGAUGCACAGUCCAAAGCGCUGAUCAUUGCCAAAAGCGACUUGUCCCUCGUCAAUCAAGAUCAGGUUGACAUCUUGCGACCGGUGUAACAUGCUUACGCAGCAGGUUAAUGGUCUACUUAU